UCCGCUGGUAUUUGAGACCCACAUCGUCACAGUGGGGACACAGGGGUUCAGACGAGUCCGGCCCGCCGCCUGCAGAACGCUCCGGGACACUUCGCUCGUCGCGUCUCACAACAGCUCCAACACACCCACCUCACCCCGGACCCCUUUAGCAGUGCACCUGCGGCCCCUUCGUCAUGGCGGACCAGUAUCAGUUCAACAGCAAUGAGGAGAAGAUGGUGAAGGACCACCUGGACAGAAACACCAAGGAGAUCGACCUGAUCAACAGAGACCCCAAGCAGAUCAACGAAGAUGUUGUCAAGGUGGAGUUUGAAGACGUGAUUGCCGAGCCCGACGGCACGCACAGUCUGGACGGCGUGUGGAAGCUCAGCUACACCACCUUCACCGUGUCCAAGUACUGGUGCUACCGCAUUCUGUCUGCCAUCUUUGGCAUUCCCGUGGCCCUGCUGUGGGGCUUCCUGUUCGCCUGCAUCUCCUUCUGCCACAUCUGGACCGUCAUGCCCUGCAUCAAGAGCUGCCUGAUCGAGUCGCAGUGCAUCAGCCGCAUCUACUCCCUUUGCAUCCAGACCUUCUGCGACCCCUUCUUCGAAGCGCUGGGCAAGAUCUUCAGCAGCGUGCGCGUCGCUUUACGCAAAGAAGUCUAAAGAACGAAGCUCACACGCACACACACUAACACAAACACACACACGCACACACCAAGAAAACUCACACCCCCUGAGAUAAGUUUGGAUGAAAUGUCUGUUUGUUGGUUUUAUCCAAAAGAGGAUUAGUCUCCUAGAAUAUUUAUUAUUUCUCCAUGAGACGCCCUCCACUGUUUUUUCUCUCUCUCUCUCUCUCUCUCUCUCUCUCUCUCUCUCUCUCUCUCUCUCUCUCUCUCUCUCUCUCUCUCUCUCUCUCUCUCUCUCUCUCUCUCUCUCUCUCUCUCUCUCUCUCUCUCUCUCUCUCUCUCUCUCUCUCUCUCUCUCUCUCUCUCUCUCUCUCUCUCUCUCUCUCUCUCUCUCUCUCUCGCCCCUACCAAUAGUACUGCCCCCCCCCACCCCACCCUGACGUCCAGACAGGUCCCGUGAGUCCUCGGAGGACCAGGGCAGCUGCAGCCUGCAGUAUGCCCCUCUACAGACAUCUCCCCCGCUGCCACAUGGUGACAGAAACAGGGGCAGGUUGCCAUGGCGAGAUGUCUCCUGGACUCGCCGACUAGGAAUCCCACUAGGCUGUAAUGUUGGCCCGCUCCCUCUCGAAGAUCAAGGACUGCUCAACACUGCUGCAUCGAUGGAACAAUAUGUGUAGCAGGCUAAUAAGCAAUUUGUUAAGCUCAUUCUUUUGUAAAUGUUUGCUGACAGUGUAUAUUUCUGAUGGAUUCUGAUCUAGUUUUACAUUUUGGUGUCAUCUCAUCCGUCAUCGUUAGGUGCUUUAGCAUUAUCGGAAAUCUUUUACACGACAAGAAGUUAUGAAAUGUUUUGAUUAAACGUUCUGAAAGCUU